CCCGCAGAGCUGUACUUCCUCAUCGCCCGGUACCUAUCGGCGGGCCCGUGUCGGAGAGCGGCCCAGGUGCUGGUGCAGGAGCUGGAGCAGUAUCAGUUGUUGCCGAAGAGGCUGGAUUGGGAGGGCAAUGAGCACAACAGGAGCUACGAGGAAUUGGUCUUGUCUAAUAAACAUGUGGCUCCUGAUCAUCUGUUGCAAAUCUGCCAGCGCAUUGGUCCUAUUUUGGAUAAAGAAAUUCCACCCAGUAUUUCAAGAGUGACUUCUUUACUUGGUGCAGGAAGACAGUCUUUGCUACGUACAGCAAAAGACUGCAGGCACACAGUUUGGAAGGGCUCUGCCUUUGCUGCUCUUCAUAGAGGAAGACCACCUGAAAUGCCCGUGAAUUAUGGUUCCCCACCAAAUCUUGUGGAGAUUCAUCGAGGAAAACAACUCACAGGGUGUUUCACUUUUAGUACAGCAUUUCCAGGAACUAUGUAUCAGCAUUUAAAAAUGCACAGAAGGAUUCUUGGACACCUGUCUGCUGUUUACUGUGUAGCAUUUGAUAGAACAGGACAUAGAAUUUUUACAGGGUCAGAUGAUUGUUUGGUAAAGAUUUGGUCAACACAUAAUGGCCGUCUAUUAUCCACAUUAAGAGGUCAUUCUGCAGAAAUUUCAGAUAUGGCAGUAAACUAUGAGAAUACAAUGAUUGCUGCAGGGAGCUGUGAUAAAAUAAUUAGAGUAUGGUGCUUAAGAACUUGUGCCCCAGUUGCUGUGCUGCAAGGACACACAGGAUCAAUUACAUCUUUACAGUUUAGCCCAAUGGCCAAAGGCUCUCAAAGAUACAUGGUAUCUACUGGUGCAGAUGGGACCGUUUGCUUUUGGCAGUGGGAUUUAGAAUCUUUGAAAUUCAGUCCACGUCCCUUGAAGUUCACUGAAAAGCCUAGGCCAGGCGUUCAAAUGCUUUGUUCUUCUUUUAGUGUUGGUGGUAUGUUUUUAGCCACAGGUAGUACUGAUCAUGUAAUCAGAAUGUACUUUUUGGGUUUUGAAGCACCUGAAAAAAUUGCUGAACUUGAAAGCCACACUGAUAAAGUUGAUAGUAUCCAGUUUUGUAACAGUGGAGACAGUUUAAGGUUCUUAAGUGGUAGCAGAGAUGGAACGGCACGGAUUUGGAGAUUUGAGCAGUUAGAAUGGAGAAGUAUUUUGCUGGAUAUGGCUACCAGAAUGUCAGGUUGGAAUCCAAUCCAGAAGCAUGCAUUGCAUUUAAUUGAAGGACAAGGAUUUGGAGCUGUGUUUGACUGUAAGUUUUCACAGGAUGGACAGCAUUUUGCUUGUACAGAUUCGCAUGGGCACCUUAUGAUAUUUGGUUUUGGAUGCAACAAACCCUAUGAAAAGAUUCCCGAUCAGAUGUUCUUCCAUACUGACUACCGACCAUUGAUUAGAGACUCUAAUAAUUAUGUCUUAGACGAGCAAACACAGCAGGCUCCUCAUCUCAUGCCUCCACCAUUCUUGGUAGAUGUAGAUGGAAAUCCUCAUCCAACUAAGUAUCAGAGAUUAGUACCUGGUCGAGAAAAUUCUGCAGAUGAACAUUUAGUUCCACAACUGGGUUAUGUGGCAACAAGUGAUGGAGAGGUAAUUGAACAAGUCAUAAGCCUACAAACCAAUGACAAUGGUGAUCAAAGCCCAGAGCCCAGUAUUCUUGAUGGAAUGAUAAGACAGUUGCAGCAGCAGCAAGAUCAGAGAAUGGGAGCAGAUCAGGACCCUGUUCCAGUUGGACUUCCAGCUGGGGAAGAAACACCCAGACGAGGGUUUAGAAGACUAAGUUUAGACAUUCAAUCCCCUCCAAAUAUUGGUCUUCGCCGUAGUGGACAAGUUGAAGGUGUUCGUCAAAUGCAUCAAAAUGCUCCUCGUAGUCAGAUAGCUACAGAACGUGAUCUGCAAGCUUGGAAACGAAGAGUGGUUGUACCAGAGGUACCACUAGGCAUAUUUAGGAAAUUGGAAGACUUCAGAAUAGAGAAAGGUGAAGAGGAAAGAAAUCUUUAUAUAAUUGGAAGAAAAAGGAAGACUCCCCAACUCUCCCAAAAGUGUGAUUCGCUGGUUUUUACAUCACAGUCUAGGCAGAGAACAUGUAGGCGUAAAUAUCCAAAUUAUGGGAGAAGAAAUCUUGAACGGCUUGAGUCAUUUUCUGGAAAUGAAUCUUCAAGCUCAGCAAGACAUCGCAAACCCUUGGUAGUCUACUAUAUUGCAUUCCCUUUUACAGAUGAACAAAAUGAAAAUCUAAGAUUAAAUGACUUAUCAAAAGAGGCUUACAGAUUCUUGUUGAUAAAAUUUAACAUGUUUUCCUUUUCUAGUGAUUCUUCAUCUAGAUAUUCAGAUUGGACAGCUGAUGCAGGCAUCAAUUUACAGCCUCCCUUACGAACGUCAUCUCGUCGACGAAUAACCCGAUUUUGCAGUAGUAGUUCAGAAGAUGAAAUGUCUACUGAGAAUUUAUCGCCUCCGAAAAGAAGACGAAAGAGAAAGAAAGAAAGAAAGCCAAAAAAAGAGUUUCAUCCUCCAGUUUGGAUAACUGACACCACACUUCGAAAAUCUCCUUUUGUUCCCCAAAUGGGUGAUGAGGUAAUAUAUUUUCGACAGGGCCAUGAAGCUUACAUUGAGGCAGUCAGAAGAAAUAAUAUUUAUGAGCUGAACCCUAAUAAGGAACCAUGGAGAAAAAUGGAUCUCAGGGAUCAAGAGUUGGUCAAAAUAGUUGGAAUUCGGUAUGAAGUUGGGCCCCCUACACUUUGUUGUCUCAAACUAGCAUUUAUAGAUCCAGCGACUGGAAAACUCACGGACAAAUCUUUCUCUAUUAGGUAUCAUGAUAUGCCAGAUGUUAUUGACUUUCUUGUAUUGCGUCAAUUUUAUGAUGAAGCAAGACAGAGGAAUUGGCAGUCUUGUGACAGAUUCCGCUCUAUAAUUGAUGAUGCUUGGUGGUUUGGAACAGUAUUAAGUCAAGAGCCAUAUCAACCACAAUAUCCUGAUAGUCAUUUCCAGUGUUACAUUGUUAGGUGGGACAAUACUGAAAUUGAAAAACUUAGCCCAUGGGACAUGGAACCAAUUCCUGAUAAUGUUGAUCCACCUGAAGAAGUAGGAGCUAGUAUUUCUGUCACUUCAGAUGAACUUGAGAAAUUGCUGUACAAGCCACAAGAUGGUGAAUGGGGCCAGAAAUCAAGAGAUGAGGAAUGUGAACGCAUCAUCAGUGGCAUUGAUCAACUCUUGAAUCUUGAUAUGGCAGCAGCUUUUGCAGGCCCUGUUGAUCUAUGUACCUACCCAAAGUACUGUACAGUAGUAGCUUAUCCAACUGAUCUUUAUACAAUUCGAAUGAGGCUUGUUAAUCGAUUUUACAGGAGGCUAUCUGCAUUAGUUUGGGAAGUAAGAUAUAUUGAACAUAAUGCCAGAACAUUUAAUGAACCUGAGAGUGUAAUUGCAAGAUCAGCUAAGAAGAUAACUGACCAACUUUUGAAAUUCAUCAAGACUCAAGACUGUACAAAUAUCUCAGAAUUUACUAAUACGUCUGAAAAUGAUGAGCAAAAUGCUGAGGAUUUGGUUCAUGAUUGGAAAAAUAAAAGGAGCAUCAAAGCAACCAACUAUGUAGAAAGCAACUGGAAGAAGCAAUGCAAAGAACUAGUGAACUUAAUUUUUCAAUGUGAAGAUUCUGAACCAUUUAGACAACCUGUUGAUUUGGUUGAAUAUCCAGACUAUCGUGAUAUUAUAGAUACUCCAAUGGAUUUUGGAACAGUGAGGGAAACACUAGAAGCAGAAAAUUAUGACAGCCCUUUGGAAUUUUGCAAAGAUAUCCGGCUGAUAUUUAGUAAUGCAAAAGCAUACACACCAAACAAGAGAUCAAAGACAAAGCAAAACAUUAUCUUUGUCGACUGUUGUAUGCCAGUUGAUCAUGGUGUACCUAAAGACUAUGGUUCUGAGCCCCCAGUGCCAGUAAAUAAUUGCCUCAGGUGUUUAGUAACAUCUAAGAGUUUUCACAACAUUAUUCUGUAUACUCGACUACAUUCACGGAUCAUGUUUGCCACAAAGAUUUACAGUAUGACCUUGAGACUGUCUGCCUUAUUUGAAGAAAAAAUGAAGAAAAUCUCCUCUGAUUUUAAAAUUGGUCAAAAAUUUAAUGAAAAACUUCGAAGAAGCCAGAGGUUUAAGAGACGACUAAGUUGUAACCGCAUCAAUCAGGCUAACAAAAGUAUCAGAAAUGUCAAGCAGAAUCGGGUAAAAUCUCAGUCGAAAGUCAUUCCUGAGUUGGUAGGUUCUCCUACCCAGUCUACCUCAAGUAGAGCGGCUUAUUCUACAAGCCACAAGACAAGUGCUAGCUUCUCUUCAGGUAUUACUUCUGAUGACUCUUCAGAUUCAGCAGCAUCAUUGGAAGUAAGGAGAGGAAAUAGAACUGUAACACGAACCACUGGGUCUACGUUAUCUGAAAGUGAAAUGGAAGAUUCCUCAGCUACCUCUUCAUCAUCUUCAGUUUCAGAUAGUUCAGAGGAAAGUCCUGUCUCUUUAGAAAAUGGAUUUGGCAGAAAAGCCACCCGUAAGAGAAUCUAUUUAAGUGACUCUGAUAAUAACUCAUUGCAGACUCAUGCAGUUAUAAAAGCCAGAGCUGGAAAUAGCCGUAAGGUUCUACGAAAGUGUGCUGCUGUGGCUGCCAAUAAGAUAAAGCUAAUGAGUGAUGUAGAAGAGAAUUCCAGCUCUGAAAGUGUCUGCUCUGGUCGUAAGCUGCCUCACCGUAAUGCUUCUGCUGUAGCUAAAAAAAAGUUAUUACAUAAUUCUGAAGAUGAUCAGAGCUUAAAGUCAGAUAUUGAAGAAGAACUAAAAAAUCAACACCAGCCAUCUUCCAUAUCUACUUCUCAUGUUGCUCGGAAAACUGUUCGCCACUCUGAAAAUGGAGAUUCAGAAUCAGAAAGUGAUUUAAGAGUUGCUCGGAAAAAUUGGCAUGCUAAUGGUUAUAAGUCCCAUACUCAAACAACUUCUAAAACAAAAUUUCUUAAAAUAGACUCUUCUGAGGAAGAUUCUAAAAGCCAUGAUUCAGAUAAUGUGUGUAAAAAAACUGCUUGCCCUUCAACAUGUGGUCAGAAACUGAAGGCAGGGGGCAUUUCAGAAGAAGAGGAAGAAGCAGAUUCUGAACCAGGGAAAUAUGAGGGUAGACUGCACAAUGCAAGUUGCAAGGAUGCUACUUUCUUUAAAAAAGCAAAGAUCUUGAGUGAUUCAGAGGACUUUGAAUCUGAAGAAGAUGAUAGAGAAGAUGGAAUAUGUCAUAAAGUGAAAACUACUCUAAUUUCAGGGACUCUGAAGUGUGAGCCUGUUGCUGGGUCCCAGUGUUUCUCAGAGCAUGUGUCUGAAACAGAUUUGGAUUCAGAUGAUGACAAAAAUAAAGAAAAACCAAACAAUUGUAUGAAAGGUAACUAA